AACCAAAUAGCAUAUAUUGCAGUGGAAUAAAAUGCUAAAUAUUUGUGACAUACAGGGAAAGUAUCACAGCAAGACAAGGGACCCAUUGCAGGACGAAAUGUGUCAGUGACGCAAACCAAACGCAUCCUGCGAAAGGAAGAAACAGAGACAGAGUCGUCCGAAAGUGAGACGAGUAACGAGGAAACGUCGUCCUCCUUCUCUUCCACUGGGGACAACGACGAGGAGGACGAGGGCGACUCUACUUCCGAGGAGGACACCACAGAUUCUUCCUCCGAAAGCAGCACCUCGUCAAAUUCAGACUCUGACGAAGAUGGAACGGAUGACGAUGAGUCUUCACGGGCAGAACUGGCAGCUCCACAACCAACAACCACCAAGGGAAAAUCGCCCCAAAUAACAACCACUAUCUCUGGAAAAUCAACUGGCAGAGUGUCCGGUGAUCAUCAAGCUUCCAAUAAGAAGAUAUUCAUUCGGGAUAAGAAUAACAAUAAAUUAGGAAAAAGCGUUGGCGGUGGAGAUCAGGGGAAUGAUAAAGAUGAGAAACCUCACGGUCAUGGGAAAAAGAGGAGAAAAAAGAGACCUCUUACUAUUUGUUUAACACACUGUCGGUAUGAGUUGGUCAAGUCCAUGAGCAAACGGUACGAGUUGGUGGAAGUUCCAGAAGACACUGCUUGGAACGUGUAUUGGACUGACUACAGCGUGUCCCUUGAACGUGCGGUAGAAAUGAGGAGAUUUCAAAUCGUCAACCAUUUUCCUGGAAUGAAUGAAAUUUGUCGUAAAGACCUCCUCGCUCGAAAUCUAAACAGAAUGAAACGAGUGUUUCCAGAAGAGUACAACAUUUAUCCCAUGACUUGGUGCCUCCCUGCCGAUAAUAAUGAGCUCCAAGCAUACUCAUCAUCGCGGCGUGGAAAGACGUACAUUUGCAAGCCCGACAUGGGAUGUCAAGGUCGAGGUAUAUUUCUCGUCAAGAAUAUCAAAGAUGUGAAUCCCUUGGGCAGAAUCGUUUGUCAAAUUUAUAUUCAAAAGCCAUUUUUAAUUGAUCAUCUCAAGUUUGAUUUGCGAAUCUACGUUCUCAUUACAUCAUGCGAUCCUUUACGAAUUUGGGUAUUUGAAGAGGGCCUAGCCCGUUUUGCCACUGCGAAAUAUCGACUCCCAACUCACAACAACACAGAAAACUCUUAUAUGCACCUCACCAACUAUGCUGUCAACAAGUUUAGCAGAGAUUUUGUCGUUGAUGAGGACACGGGGACAAAAAGAAAAUUAACCAACGUAAUGAAUUGGCUGGCUCAACGUGGCUAUGAUGUGGAAACUCUGGAGAAGGAAAUCAACGACGUUAUAAUAAAAACUAUAUUGUCUGCACAACCCACUCUCAAACAUCACUACCGAACUUGCUUCCCCCAUCAUGACAUUUGCAGUGCUUGUUUUGAAAUCCUCGGCUUUGAUGUUCUGAUUGACCAUAAACUGAAGCCUUUCGUUAUUGAGGUAAACCACUCGCCCAGCUUCCACACGGAUACAGCUCUGGAUAGGGAAAUAAAAGAGUCGUUGCUCAAGGACACAUUCGCUAUGCUCAACUUUAAAGUUCUUGACCGUGGGAUGAUUGAACGGGAAGACAGACGCCGAGUACAACAGAGAAUAACCAACAUGUUAAGCGAAGCAAAUGCCGGUACAAAGAAGGAAGUUGUCAAGAAAGAGGUGACCAAGAAGGGUGGUAACAAUAGCAGCACCACUACCGCGACGCCAACUUCUACCCGAUUUCCUCAUCCAGGACGAGGAGGAAAGAAGGACGAAUCCUCCGAACAAACUGCGAAGGACAAGAAGGAACGGAGAAAGGAGGACUACGAUGAACUUGCAUUUCAAUGGGAAUUGGAUAACUGUGGCCGCUACAGGCUUGUCUAUCCUACGGACGACUCAGCUAAAUAUGAUAAAUUUUUGGCCCAGAAUCAAGUCUCACUGUAUCAAGACACUGCAGCCUCACAAGCCAGAGCUUCUUUAACCAAACAGAAAAUUGAGGAAUAUAACGUGAAAAAACAGAUAGAAGAACAAAAACGAGUCGGAAGUAUUGGAAGCAACGUCACAACAAUAACGUCGUCCUCGGCUGGCAUAAUUGUUAACCAGGUCAAAGAGAGUCAUUCCAAGGAGAAAGUUCGACCAGAGUCGUCAGGGAAAAGUGGUGGAUACGAGCCUAUGAAAAAGUCGAACAGCAACACUAAACCAGUGCACAGCUCAUUUUUGCCUACAAACCCCUCCAACGGGUCGUCCCAUCGUGGGUUUACCCUGUCUCACAUUGUCUCCAAGGAUGAGUGUGACCGUGUGCGGGGACUAAUUCAGCGUGGAUUACUCAUCCGUAGUUUGGGGAUUGAAUUACAAGCAUAUCAAUUACUAUGCAAAGUGGGCGGCCUUAAGAAGAUGGAGCAUGAUGAAUUCCGUAGAAAGCAUGGAUUUGUCCUACCCAACACUGGGGGUCUCGUCACCGGGUUUAAUAACUCAUCCAGUCGACCUCAUUCUAAUUCCACAAUUCCUCCAAAAUUUUACAUGAAACUUAACCAAUUUUCUGUGGAUACCUCAGGAUCUUCAAAUCUGAAUGACAACAGUCAUUCGAAUAACUUUACUGCAAGAACUCAAGGAAAUACUCAAGCCAUGGCUCACAAUUUUGGAAAUUUUAUUAGACGGGAGAGAGCUACGACAAGCCAUUCAUAUAGACUUUGAUAGAUACUCUAGUAUGACGUGACAAUUGACGGAUAACAAAGAUGAAUUUGUCCAAAUUCUAAAUUAUUAUGUUAAAAGUGUAUCUGAGG